CACGCGCAUAAUGUAGCGCAUUUCGAGUGAGUCCCCUUUACUUCCCUGUCACUUUCGGAGUGGAGGCUGGGGAUUUCAUGACCAAAUUCGUGAUCACUUCAUCUCAACGGAUCUUAAAACCUCUAAUAUACCUUUUUAGAUUUGGGAUCACAGAAGUAUUUUCGGUCUGGGAUUUAUGAAUUCGAUUCAUUACCGGGUAACGGAGUGUCAGCACUUGGAAAAGUUGAUCGUGAAAUAAAUAUGAGGCGCUUACAUUUCUUGGUUUUCCUUACUUUCACGUGCACUUCUGUCGCAGGGAUUCACCCCAAGUGUAACUUCCUGCUGGAGCUGCAGAGGGAGGAAGAGGACUGCCAUGCGCGGCUGAAUGCGGCCGGGCCGCCGGCCCCUGCAGGUUGCCCAGGCCUCUGGGAUAACAUAUCCUGCUGGCACCAUGCCGAGGUGGGGGAGACCAUCACCAUUCCCUGCCCCCAGGUGCUCCGGAGCCUGUUCGGACGAAACGGAAACAUCAGCAAAAACUGCACGGCGGAAGGCUGGUCCGACGUCUUCCCGGCCGUAGCCAGUGUCUGUGGAUCCGAGGAGCGGCCAGAUAAGCUUAUGUUUUACACGGUGGUGAAGACCCUGUACACUCUGGGACACAGUCUGUCCCUCAUCGCACUCACCACAGGAAGUGCCAUCCUCUGUCUCUUCAGGAAGCUGCACUGCACGCGGAACUUCAUCCACCUGAACCUCUUCUUCUCCUUCAUCCUGAGAGCAGUUGCCGUCCUGGUGAAAGAUGGGGUCCUUUUCUCCUACAGCUCUGACUGCUCAGGCAAACUGUCUGUGGGUGUCCCUUUUCAGAUUGGCUGCAGGGCCUGCCUGGUGUUCUGCCACUAUUUUAUCAUGGUGAACUUCUUCUGGCUCCUAGUGGAAGGCCUGUAUCUGCACACGCUGCUGGUCACGAUGUUCCUCGAAAACAAGCGCUUCAUCAUCUAUCUGCUCAUCGGCUGGGGCUUCCCCACCGUGUUCGUACUCGCGUGGAUUACGGCGAGAAUUUAUCUGGAGGACACCGGAUGCUGGGAGAUGAAUGAAAUUGCUGUUCCAAACUGGGUGAUCAAUGGUCCAAUCAUGGUUUCCAUCAUGGUGAACUUCGUCAUUUUCAUCAGCAUAAUCAGAAUCCUGGUCCAGAAGCUGAUAUGCCCUGUUGUGGGGGGCAAAGAUCAGUCUCAGUACAGGAGGCUUGCCAAGUCUACGCUGCUCCUCAUCCCCCUGUUCGGUGUGCAUUACGUGCUUUUUAUGUCACUGAAUGAGUCCAUGGCCGACUACAAAAUAUUCUUGGAACUGGGCAUUGGAUCGUUUCAGGGCCUGGUCGUUGCCAUUCUUUACUGCUUUUUAAACAGUGAGGUGCAGGGGGAGCUACGCAGGAAGUGGGAAAGUAUGAGCCUGAGCUGCAGACCAGUCCAGGACUACAGCUUCCACAACUACUGCGUGUCUCAGAACGGCCCUGACAAUGUGCAGCAGAACCAACGACACUCCCGGGCCCCGUCCGUCCUGCAGACCGAGAGCACGGAUUUGUGACAGGCAGGGUGUUCCUUUGUGGGGGUCUUUCCUUAGCCCCAUGAGGAAGUGUAGAACAUCCCUUCCUGGGCUUUAGUGUGAAGAAUGGAGGCCAGUCAGUUAAGUGCAGGUUUAUGGACAAACUAAAAACAUGCACUGUUAUAUCCCGAAGUGUUCUCUCGAUUAGACUGUCCGUGGGUUAAUAAGUCAGCUACAUCUAUAAUUAAGCUAUAUAUACUUACUCAGAAUGACACAGUUGAUAGUUAUCCUGCUUACAAGUCUAGGAAUAACUGUCAGUUUUCACUAGGUUUUACUCGUCGUAAAACCACAUGAAUCCAUGAGAAUGAGGCAGCAGAGAGUGACAGAUGUUAUAUGUCGACUCCCUAACUGGCCGGUGUCCCUAAGUGAUGGAAUUUUGCCAAGGACAUUCCAAGCAGAUUACUCUUCUUUUUGGAAGUAGUGUCCAAUGUGACAGAUGUGAACCAGCUGCGUUACGAGUUAAUCGUGACUAAAGAAGAUGUGCAUUAAGGAAUCACCUGACAUCAUGUAACCGAGUGAACACUUGACAGUGAAGAGAUCUAAGAGGGAUUUGACCUGUACACCAACUCCUAGUUGAACCUAUAAGCUUGUCUGGUACUGGUGCUGCCUGAGUACGUCCUACUCUUCUGGCAUAAAAGUGGGAAAGUUAGAUGAGUCAGUGAUUCAUGUAAACAGGUCGGACUCAGCGCAAAGCUGAGAGGUGCAGUGGUCGACCUGCUCGGAACUAGUGUGACCAGUAAUCUUGGUGCUUUGUGUAUUUCUUCAUUUUCAGCCAGUUUCACUUGCCCUACUCGUUGAGAGACGUUUUUAAACUAAUUUUUCUUCCAUUUUCACUUCUGAGACUGAUUUUGUUUUUUCUUUUAUUAUAGCAAAUUCCAUAUGUUUGCACAGAAAUGACAGGCAUCGCUUUACAUCAACUACACUUUCAUAAUGAUAAAUACAACCACGUUUCCAAAAAAGUUGGGGAUACUGUGUGAAAUGUAAAUUAAAAACAGAAUACAAUGACUUGCAAAUCAUA